UUCUUCCUCUUCAUAACUCAUUUUUGUCUUCGAGUGAGAGAGAGAGAAUCAAAUCAGCUUUCACAGAAAAAGGUAUACAGAGAGAGAGAGAGAGACUAUGGCGGAGAGUGGUGGACGGAGGAUCGGAGUAGCAGUGGAUUUCUCGGAUUGUAGCAAGAAGGCUUUGAGCUGGGCGAUCGAUAACGUGGUUCGUGAUGGCGAUCAUCUCAUCCUCAUCACCAUAGCUCACGAUAUGCAUUACGAGGAAGGCGAGAUGCAGCUCUGGGAGACCGUUGGAUCACCUUAUAUUCCGCUGAGUGAAUUCUCUGAUGCUGCUGUGAUGAAGAAGUAUGCUGUGAAGCCAGAUGCUCAAACCCUUGACAUUCUCAACACUGCCUCUAGGGAGAAAUCUAUUACAGUAGUGAUGAAGAUAUACUGGGGAGAUCCUCGUGAGAAGAUUUGUGCAGCAGCUGAACAGAUUCCCCUCUCAAGUCUUGUCAUGGGUAACCGAGGCCUUGGUGGCCUUAAGAGGAUGAUCAUGGGAAGCGUGAGCAACCAUGUGGUGAACAAUGUUGCAUGCCCUGUGACCGUUGUGAAGGGUCACAUCUGAGUUUGGUCGGAGAACUCUUCUAAAUAACCACCGUAUAUUUGUGUUCAUGGUCGGAAUUUGUAUUGUUAACUGUUGUGUGACUGGUGUAUUGUUCAUCUGUAUGGGUAAAAAACAUUUCAUCUUCUAAUAAAUACAGACUCUUUUGAGUUUUGAACCAGAUUCAAUCA